AUGAGGACAACCACCUUCCUGGCCCUCUUGGCCCCAGCCGCUGUUUUCGCCGAGUCACACGCAUCUGGCAUCUCCUCCGAUUUCGCGCACAACUCCCCCGCCGUGUCAAUACCGGAGCUUGUGCCCCGCGAGCACUUCGUUCCAAUUCUGGAUCGUGCCCCGAUUUCUGAUGAUAUGCCCUUGCUGGCUGCCAGGCAUGUUCUCCAGGCGCGCAGUGAGGGCUCGCUGGGCCAGACUCCGUGGAUUGGCAUGGGUAUCGGCUUGACUUUCACUGCCCUGGCGGCUGUGAUGCUGGGAUAG